UACCACCUCUCUCAACCCCAAAGCCCAAACCCAGUUAAACUCAAUAACCACCAAACCAAACACACUCCUCUCUACUCAGCUUUUAGAUCUUUGCUCAUCAGCUCAGCUCCUGUGAAUUUCAGCUCAUAAAUCCGAGAACCCAAGUCCUAUCAUCUCAGGAAACAUAGUUGGGAGUUUGAAGGCUAGAACCUACUAAUUUGGAAUCAAAGAAGUAAAAUCAAAAUGCCGUGGAACAGGAAUUGUGUUCGUUUGGUGGUGUUCUUCCGUGUCAUUCUGUAAUUGUAUUCAAUCGGAGAAACUCUUUGGUUGUUGGAGAAAUCCUUUCUUUGGUGAUUACUACGGGUGGCUAGAAUUUUGAGAAUGUACAUUGGGAUAACUGUAAGGAGAUACAGAGCUAUUCAGGACGUUGGGAAAUUUAUGAUGUAUGUUGGGAUUAUUGCUUACUACCAACUGAUGCAAGUCUGCCAGGCUGAAUAUUUCCGUCAGUUGCUUAAACCUGUUACGUAGUCUAGUAGAACGAUCUUGUGAAUCUGGGAUUUAGAUAGACUGCUCUCCAGCUGUAUUUAUACAUAAGAAGGCAGUGGUUUGUUCGUAAUUGGUGUUAAUUGUGAAUUAGGCGGCUUUCCAGUAGCAGAAUGGAAAUAAGUUGAUUGGCAAAACACUCCUUAGUAUUACUUUACAAAUAUAUAUCUAAUCGAACUUGUAGUAUCAUCUAAUCAAGUUGAAGCUCCACCUCUUCAGCUUUAUUACUUAGGAUUUCUAAUGCAGAGUGACCAAGCAUUUGACCCAAACAAGGCAGCACCGCCCUUUGCAAACCAACUGGGUAAUAACUACAUGCAUAUGCCAGUGGCAUCUCCAUUUGGUACUGUUUUACCUCAUGAUGCAAUGCACUACAAACCCUUCCAUGGUGUUGAAUUUCAAACCUCUGACAUUUGCCCGAAGAAUUUCAUAAUCUUCGAUCAGACUGAUCAUCGCAGUCAGAUCAUGUUCAAUCCUGCAAUUGCCCACAGAAUUUCUGGUCCUGCUUUUGACAUCUGUGCAGCUUACAUGCAAGACAAUUUAGGAUUCAAUGAGGGAACAAAUGAGGAUAAAGAAACAUCUUCAUCUCUGAAGGAGGAUUCAGAUGAUAUUAAUGCAUUGUUGAGCUUGGAAGAGGAAGAAGAGCAAGAAGAAUAUGAUGAGGAAGAGGUCAGUACAGCACGAACUCAUGGAAACUAUGGGAGUUCAUACUCUGAUUCUUGUUCCAGUUAUGGUUUGAAAACCAGGAAGGAUGGGUAUUUUACACUUGAACAACCUUCUGGCAUUGGUAGCAGCAGCUGCUGCAACAGUGAAAGAAAACGGAAGAAAAUGAAGAAGAUGGUGAGAGCACUGAGAGGGAUUGUACCUGGUGGGAAUGAAAUGAACACAGUUGCUGUUAUAGAUGAAGCUGUUCAGUACUUAAAGUCUCUGAAAGUUGAGAUGCAGAAGCUUGGUGUCGGGAAUUUAAAUAACUAAAGAUUGAACCUGUUAUGGUGGUAAUAUUGGGGUUCUGUGCUUUCUGGAGCUUCUACUGGAAACUUAUCUCCUCGUUGAUGUUCAGAGAUUGAAGAUAUUUGCAUUGCUUUGUAAUAUGAAUACUCAUUUGCUUGUUGUCACUUAAUUUCCAAUGGCAUGUUGCAGCUAUUGAGUGCUAUGUAAAACUAUGCACCCUUUUAUCCAGCCUCGACUGGUUAAACAUAUUUCAAUAAGUUAUUUUAAUUUAUUAUAUUUGAAGUUUCAAGGUU